AUGGACUCCUUCCAGACCAUCUGCUUUUCAUCCGAGAUUGCUGCUGCCCCCAACGCCAGCGCCAACGUCGACUCUAGCACGACCGGUGCUGGUGUGCCCGUCGUUGCUGCUGCUGCACCCGUCAUCGAGAUCCCCGUUGACGAGGAGCGCAACCCGUGGGCUGGAAUUUGGGGCGGGAAGAUGAUGUGCACUAUUGCUUAA